UCAAAUGUUUAGAGAUGGUUGCACCUGUAUUAAGCUGAAGUUAUUUUAUCUUUGUGACCUAGUUGCUGUGAACUGUGGAUGGGGAGAAUGGUGGGUCGAGUUGUAUGUUGUGUUGCUAAGCUAUGGUAAUUCAAGGGUCAAUUUUUUGUGCAUUCUCUUGCUGUUACCGGUGCAGAGAGAGAUAAAUAAGCACGUGAGCCUAAAUGCCCUAAGUUAUCAUGCUGUGAGUUAGUUAUGCCUGUUUAAGGGUGCACUAUGUAACUUUAUUUUCUAAUACCAAGAUGUUUAUUAAGGAACUGUGGUUGCUAUUUGAAUGCAUUGGUUGUUGAUUAUAUUUGCAUUUUACAGUUAUAUUAAUUAAUGUAUGGGAAAUGUAUGAAAUUAGAUACGAUUUAUUUUUGUAAAGAGUAUGAAAUUGAUUUUGAUUGGUCUGAUCUGUUGUAGGUCAGGUUUUUUUUUUUUGGGUAGAAGAAAAGAAACAAAAGAAACCCCUCUCAUCGCUCUGGAGUUCUUCCUGGAGGAAAUUAGAUCAGAAAUUCUCAGUGGAUGCUGGGUGGCGAGCCAGGUGAAAGCCUCAAGAAGAACUGAUUAGGAGAAAGACUUUUGUGAUCCGGUUCACUGCGGAGCUGGUAGGAUCCCUAACUCCAGUUUAAAAGGGCCCCAACGAUCUGACAUUCAUUUGGAGGUGAAAAGGAGGAUGGCAAAAACAGAGUGUAAAGCAGCUAAAGACAUGACAGCGGCGAUGGAGGAAACGAUGCAGCGACUUCAGGGAAGAUUCCAGGACAUCUCUGAACAGCUGGAGUCCAAAAUAGAUGAGAUGGGAACCCGCCUUGAUCACCUAGAGAAGAACGUGGUUGAGCUCAUGGCACAAGCUGGAAUGGAGAAGCAGGCCGUGACAGAGUGACAGCAGGCUCGCAGAUCAUCUGUCAUGGCUCUUUCCAUGUAGCCUCCUAGAACUGUGGUGUUUCUCUUGCUGUGCCAGCAGUGUUUCCCCUUUUUGCUGACAGAAAUGGUUCUCACUUUGAUCAGACAUCUUGAAAUAUGACUUCUGAUGUGAUCAGUUUACAGCUAAAGUCAUUAUCCGUGUUUUCCAAGCUGCUGCUGUGCUGCUAACAAAUGUUAACAGACUGUAACUGUUUCUGCUUUUUUUUUUUUUCAAAACAUGUCCAGUAUUUAAGGGUUACAUGUAGAGAUGUAGUGGUUUUCUUUACAUUUAGUAUUUUCUAAUCAUAUAAAACUUGUUUGUACCUUCAAGGUGUAAAAAUAUGGUAAAUGCAUUUCCUACCUCAUAUCAUUCUUCCUCAUUCACUGGCACAUUGUCACUUUUUAUGCCCCCUCAGUCUAUAUACAGUAUGUGCAUAUGUGUAAGUUAUUGGUACAUUUUAUGUGUGUCCUCAUUAAUGUAGAGCAAGAGAGAUUCACAGUGGGUAGAUCCCAGUUCCCUUAACUGCAUCCCAUUUCUCUCACUUGCAUCUUCUCCUUGUGUCUCAGUCCUGCCCAUGUAAGAUGUGAGGAAAAGAUGCAAGGAAAAAAUGUGAGGAGAGAGGAAUCAAGGAAAUGUUUAUACAGAUAUAAAAUGUCAUUUCGUCUGAUUCUACAUCUGAAGCAUCCACUCACCAACUGAUUUGCGAUAAAGGGGUAUGUCUGCCCUUAAAUUUCUGCAAAGGAUGGUCUCUAGUGGUUCAUGGGUCCUCCAGCAGCUUUGGGAUGUCCUUUUAGAUGGUGGAUCAGAAGAACUUCUAGGAAAAUUCUGUAUAAGGGAAUUGGGUUUUGCCUAACGCCAUGACCUGCUUAUCAAACAAUGUUUCUCAGAGCUACUGGUGGUCAGACACACAACAGACCGUGCUAACAUGGAUGAAGAAGAUGUUUAAAUUAUACCCCUAAAGAAAAAGUAUGGUGGGUCACAUGAGCAGGCAGUAAGCUGUUGACUGUGAAACUAGGAGGACAGUCAAGCUACAAUGUUACUUUGACUGUUUGAGAGCAUCCUGAAGCCAAAGUGCACACUUAACCAUGUCAUUUGAACAAGAGUGUCUUCACUGUAGGUUGUGAGCUGCGCCCAGCAGCUUGCUCACAUACCAUGCACUACAGUAGCUGAAAUAGCAUUGUUAUGUUCGCAGACGGUCCAAUUAAACGGCUCCAGAGUUCAUUUUGUAAACAAAAACUAUGAUGAAAGACUUUCUUUGACAACCUAAUUUUCAGGACACAAACAGAUUAAUUCUAAAUAAAAAGUAAGACUUGAUAACAAAAACUAUGAUGAAAUGUUUUACAGUAUGUUGUGUUUUCACAGUCUGACACAUGGAACCAGCAAAUUUUUCUUGAGACAACAGACCACCUUGGUUUUUGUUGUUUCUCAAAAGCAUCCUACCAUAAAACUACUAUGAAAUGACUUUGGCACAGGACUCAGACAACACAGCCUGUGUUGAUCACAAGCACGUUCUAUAAAGAAGGUUUGCACCCAGUGUGGGACCUAAACCUAUGACCCUGAGUUAAGGACUCCUGCUCUACCAACUGAACUAACCAGGUUUAUUUAAGUUGAGGAAUCAUUUUUUCACAGUUUGACACACAAAAAUACUGCUUUUUUUUCUUGAGACAGUGGACUAGCUAGCAGGUGGUACCUGCAUUAGCACUGCAAUUGAACACUACAAUAACUAAAGCAAAACCUCAAUGGUACUGUCUACAUACUGUAUGUUAAUAUUUUGUCACAAGAUAAAAGUAUGAUUUGAUUAAAAAUGAUUAAAUGUAAUUUGUAAGACAAAUCCUAGCUACUUAUUUUAUUUAAUGGACUUUUUUGUUUCUGCUACUUGUACUGGAGAAAUUAAGAAAAUUGAAUUUCUAUUUAUUAUUGCUAUAUAAAAGCUUAUUUGAACAUUUGAUCUCACCAGCUCUAUUUU